UUAGAAAUGGAUUUCCAAAUAAAACUAGAAGAGAAAGUAGACUUAAAGUAAUUUCCAUUUUAUGUUAUUUUUUCACGAAAAAGAAAUAGGCAAUUAAUAAAAUUAUAUGUUAUGAGAAAAUUCAAGAAUGUCUCAAGAUCCUGAUUAUUACCGGAAUGUAUCAUUGAAACUGUCAGAGGUGCUGGAUGAUAUUGGUGUCAAUGAGGGAAUGAUUGUGAAGAGCAGAAGGAUGGCCUUGUUGAAUGAACUUAUGAAAAAUUGUACACAAACAAUGCUGGAUGGGAACAUUACCAUCUAUCAUUUUGGUAGCAAGUCUGAAGGGUCCACAACAUUAGGACUUUAUUCAGAUGAUGAUAAUCUAAUAUGCUACAAUGAGAAAAAUGUUAUACAGGAUUGGGGUGAGUGGCAACCUGGUCAGGACAAUCUACUAAUGAUCCAGGAUGAGAGCACAUCACCAGGCUACUGUCUACUACAAUGUCUGAAGAGUGAUGAGCCUCUUCCUCUUCUUCAUAAACCAGACAACAUCAAUUUUACAGUUAGCAGAGGUAAAGUGCUGCGUAAGAACAAUGCUUUGAAAAAUUACCAUGCAGAUAGGCCUACAUCAGGAUAUGUAAUAAAUGGUCCCGCUGAGUCAAAGAAAGGAAUGCCAGGAUGUGCUGAUCAAGAUAUUGUUUCAGCAUUCCACUGUAACUCGUGGCCUGUAGAAGCCCGACCAUGGUUAUCAAGACAAGGUAAAGGAAGAUGGCCUACAGAGGACAUGAAGAGAAAUUGUAAAACUACAGGAUGUUUUGUUGUACCAGUGAGUAGUAAAAAUAGCAAGAAUGAAGAACUUGAAUGGAGAAUAUCUACCUCUCAUGCUGAAAGUUUGCUGAUGUUUAGUUUAAACAUCACACAAUUAAGAUGUUACAUCCUGAUGAAGAUGAUUCUUAAAACAUUCAUAAAUCCUCAGUGUGAUGGUGUGCUUUCAAGUUUCAUGUGUAAAACUGUUUUAUUUCAUUGUAUACAGAAUACACAUUCAAAUAAAUGGCAGCAACCCAAUUUACUCAAAUGUUUGAUGUGCUGUCUUAGAAAAUUGCAGAACUUUGUUAGGCUCAGAAAUUGUCCACAUUUUAUAAUACCUGAAAACAACUUGAUGGCUGGAAGAAUUUCUCUUUGUAACGAACAUAAAAUUCUUGAAAACCUACAAAAGAUCAUACAAAGUGAGGGUCAUGCACUGCUGGAGAUUCCCAUUGAUCAUCUUGGCACAAGACUACAAGCGAAAAUGAACAUGGAUGAAACUUUUCAGUAUUACAAAACACCAUCUGAAAUACAUACCUACAUUUCAACAGAGCUGCUACUUGCUAAUACUUUUACAAUUAGUGGAAGUCAGAAGUCACUUUUAGAAGAAAUAAUGCAUGAUGGAAAUGAGAGAGUGCGUAAGAGAUUAUCAGACUUGAUGUUAACACUUAGUCUAACUAAAUGCUACAGACAAAUGGGUUUAUAUAGUUUAGAAAAACCUGCAGUAAGACUUUUAGCACCUCUGCUGUCAUCUUUACUAGGGUCUGUGAUAGCAUCUCAUGACAUUUACACUUCUCACAGUAUAUCUCCAGAAGCACUGGACUGGUUUUCAGAUGGUUUGAACUCAGAUGUGGCAUCUUCUAGAUUAAAACUUGCAUCAGCAUUAUACUGUGUAGGAGACAUGGAAAGAGCAAAGUUUUAUCUGACGGAUACAGAAGAAAAGUAUGAUCCGAAUACUGUUGAACCUGUAUGUCAAUGUUAUCCUUAUCCCAAGCAUGAACUAAGGCCAGGAUUCGUGAAUAAAUGUAACACUGGAAAUGAAGAGGUGAUAAAACAUACAACAGCAUUUUGUAUUAGAUUUCUGCUUUGUGAAAAACACUGUAUUCCUAAAGAACUGCAAUACGAGAUGUUUAGAACUACACAAGAGGACAGGCUAGAAAGGGAUAAACUGAUUGACUAUUGGAUGGAUUGGGCUGUGGUAGAUUGUCGCCCUUACCUCUACUUCUUAAAAUACAAGAUUUAUGGGGCUCUAAAGAGAGUGGCAGACCAACAAUGUGCACUUGCAAAACUUGUCACUAGCAUUGAAAAAGAAAUAAACCUAGGUCACAAGGAAACAGCACUGAACUUACUAGGACAGUGUAUGGAACAGGAAAACCGACAUAAUGAUGCUUUACGCUACUACAUGACAUCUCUGAAUAUCCGAGCAAGAAACAACAUCGCAAAUGUACUUAUAUGUAGACUUCUUAAUAAGUUAGUUAACAUGUAGGAAACUGUACUGACUUGAGUAUGGUACAGCAUGAAAGAUGAGUACCUAUAUAAAGGCGCUGUGCCCUGCUAUAUAUACUAUCGUCUAUUUUCGCUUAUAGGACACACUUUUAGGAGUUAUAUUUAAAGUUGAAUGAGAGGGAAGUGUCUUAUAAGCACGUACUACAAGGAAAUUAAAAGAAAAUUUCAAAUAAUACUGAAUUUACAGAUCAAGACUUUUUUUCAAUUAUCUCAAUGCAAACCAUUACUUUCUUUUUUUUGGCAGCCAUUUACAAAGCAGCGAUAAAGUCUGUAUCUGUAUGUACCUUAUUUAAGCCCAAUUUAAAGAUCGAUAUUAAUUCAUUUCAUGAUUCAAAAGUAUUUUUAUAGACGUAUUUUCCCUUUUUAAACACCAUGACAUAUCAGCUUUAAAUAAGUUUGUAAAUUAAUGACAGCAGGCUGUCAACCAGGUCUUCUCCAAAAUAUAGGAAGAAUAUAGGAAUAUUUUCACAACAAAUACAGGAGUUUUUGGAUAGUUUUGAGGCAAAAUAUAGGAGUUUUCAACAACAUAUAUUUUCAUUUACUGGUACAUAUACUAUCAACUCUUACCUGUACACUUACUGUCUUACUGUUUCUACAUUAAUCAAUGUCUAGAAUGUCUACCAUUCUCUUCAACAGCAUCACAAUCCAGACAAGACAGAAGACUGAUACAAAGCCCACAACAUAUUCUUCUGUACCUUUCAUUGCUCUCAAGCUGUUUUCGUGCAGACCUGGAUUUCAUUGAUUCUGGAAGUUAGACAGUGAAAUAAUCCACACUUACCCUCUAGUUUGUUAAUACUCUGGUCAUGGCUGGCAACAAUGUCAACCAUCUGCUUGGUACAUGUCUUAGGAACAGGCUCUCAUCCAUGUCAUACUCCAGUUGAAGGUCUU